AUGGACAUAGAUGGUAAUUUAUCAAACAAUGAAAUGCACAACUUUGAGGGAUCCACAUCUUCAUCAGAGUCAAGUGAAGAAGACUUUGAGCUUUCAAAAUUUAUGAUAAUUAAUAUGAUAUGUGAAUAUGAAAGUAAGUUUCUUAAUAAGAUUCCAGUUCGUACAUCUGCACUUACUGGUCGAGAAUUUGUUAAUGAGCUCAUGCAAGGAUCAGGAACUACUUGUUAUGAAUUGUUGCGAAUGGAACGGGCAUGUUUUAUUAGUUUAUGCAAUGAGUUAAGGACUAAAGGUUAUUUGGAGGAUUCAAGAGGCGUGAUGUUGGAAGAGAAGGUUGCAAUGUUCUUAUAUAUUAUAGGCCAUAAUCUUAGACAAAGGGUAGUUUCAGAUCGAUUUCAACAUUCUACUGAAACAAUUUCACGCCACUUUAAGGAAGUGCUAAGAUCAGUAUGUCAAUUGGGAAAAGAGCUUAUAAAACAAGAGACGACAGAGUUGCCUGCACAUGUUAGAAAUAAUCCAAUGUACUAUCCUUGGUUUAAGAAUUGUGUAGGUGCAAUUGAUGGUACACAUAUAAGUGCUUGGGUAUCUUCUGAAAAGCAAGCAUCAUGUAGAGGGAGAAAGACGGUCGUCACACAAAAUGUUAUGUGCAUAUGUGACUUCAAUAUGAUGUUCACUUAUGUUUAUUCAGGAUGGGAAGGUAGUGCGCAUGACGCAAAAGUUUUGCUAGAUGCAAUUACUAAUCCUGAAGCAAAUUUCCCAUGGCCUCCUAGAGGAUCAUUUUAUCUUGUGGACUCGGGAUAUUCUUGCACUGGGGGAUUUCUUCCACCAUACAGAGGAGAAAGAUAUCAUGCUCAAGAAUACCAAGGUAGAGGUCGCCAAGCUAGAAAUGCUAAAGAGCUUUUUAAUUAUAGGCAUUCUUCAUUAAGAAUGACGAUUGAGCGUUGUUUCGGGGUUUUAAAAGCUCGAUUUCCAAUUCUAAAAUUAAUGCCAUCAUACAAGCCUUCAAGACAACGUCUUAUAGUGGUGGCAUGUUGUGCUAUACAUAACUAUAUACGCAAGUGGAGUCGACGUGAUUUGUUGUUUACAGAAUGGGAAAAUAUGAAUCCGGCACAAGUGGAGGAGUUAACUGUAAAUACAAAUUUAGAAAUUCAAAGUUUGCUGGGAAACGCAAAUGUAGAGAGUACAAAUUAUAACUUGGACAACUUGUCAAGAUUAUCUGAUCAGAGUGCAGCAGAGAUGUCAUCAUAUCGUGAUCAAAUUUCUACUAGGAUGUGGUUGACUCAUCACAAUUCUAUGAAUUAG